UGUAGGAAGGGGUGGGCCUGCGCGCCGCACGUCGAUCCCGCCCCUCGGGACCAGUCGUAGCAUCUGCUUCCGGUUCUCAGGCUGAUUUGGCGGCGCGCGGAACCUGCGCUGGCCGAGGCCUUGUUGGCAGAGCCUUGCCAGAGAUGGACAGCAGAAUUCCUUAUGAUGACUACCCAGUGGUUUUCCUGCCUCCCUAUGAGAAUCCCCCAGCAUGGAUUCCUCCUCAUGAGAGAGUAUACCACCCAGACUACAACAAUGAGUUGACCCAGUUUCUGCCACGAACCGUCACACUAAAGAAGCCCCCUGGAGCUCAGUUGGGAUUUAACAUCCGAGGAGGAAAGGCCUCCCAGCUAGGCAUCUUCAUCUCCAAGGUGAUCCCAGACUCUGACGCACAUCGAGCAGGACUUCAGGAAGGGGACCAAGUCCUAGCUGUGAAUGAUGUGGAUUUCCAAGAUAUUGAGCAUAGCAAGGCUGUUGAGAUCCUGAAGACAGCUCGUGAAAUCAGCAUGCGUGUCCGCUUCUUUCCCUACAAUUAUCAUCGCCAAAAAGAGAGGACUGUGCACUAGAGAGCUGCAGCCCACAACCCCUCACUUGAAAUCUUCUAGGACAAGCUGGGAACCUCAGGGAAGCCACAUACAGUCUCAGGCAUUUCUGAGACUCCCUUAGGACCCUGUUUUCCCUCCUCUCCCUCCUAUUCUCUCCUCCAGAAAGGAAAACGCCAUGCUGAAGAAAUGUCGGUGUGGCUUUUGGAUGAUACUCAUUGAGUGUAAAAUGCUAUUGAGACAAAAAUAAAAGCUCUUUCAAAGAUAA